AGCAAUUUUGAACAGGGACUCAGUUCUCUGAAAUUCCCUUUGGAUUGAUUGAUUUGCAUAUUGUCAUUGAAUUAUGGCAACUUUCGAGCAGAUGGAUGCAAACCAGGAUGGAGUGGUGUCGCGAGAAGAGUUCAUGUUCGGCAUGAUGGACCGAAAUCAUGAUGGCACAAUUUCACGAGAGGAGUUCGCCGCUGCAAUGGCAGGCUACGGCGCUGCACCGGGCACAGCUCAAGGUGGCUACAUGCCUGCGGCUACCACCUAUGGUGUGCCAGGAACCUACGGCGCACCCCAAGGCACCUACGGCGCACCCCAAGGCGCCUAUGGUGCGCCGCCAGGCACCAUCAUGGAGCCUGUUGCAAUGCCACAAGGUUACGCACAGCCCAAUAUGUAUGCACCUCCCACGACGUACGGCGCACCGGCCACGACCUAUGCAGCCCCUGCCACGACCUAUGCGGCACCUGCCACGACCUACGCGGCGCCUGCCACGACCUACGCGGCGCCCGAAACGACCUAUGCAGCACCAGAGAACACGAUGACAUAUGGGGAGCCCAUGUACGGAGCCCCGAUGUAUGGUGCACCCGCCACCUAUGCUGCCCCAGCUGGAACUGCGCCAGCCCCAACGUACGCUGCACCUGGGACCUAUGCUGCACCCACCUAUGCCGCACCAGCGGAGAUGUACGCAGCACCCACCUACGGAGCACCAGCGGAGAUGUACGCAGCACCCACCUAUGCCGCACCAGCGGAGAUGUAUGCUGCACCCACCUACGCAGCACCAGCAGGGAUGUACACCGGGCCGGCCACCACUGCAGAUGCGGCCUACACCAUGCCUGCCACAACUUAUGCGAGCACAGAUGCGCAGCCUGUCACGUACGCUGCUCCCACCACAUUUGGUGAGCCGAUGAUGGCUCCUACCUACAUGGCGGAUCCUGGCAUGACUGGACCUGGCAUGGGACCUGGCAUGGGUGGACCCGGCAUGGGACCUGGCAUGGAACCUGGAAUGGGUGGACCCGGUAUGGGACCCGGCAUGGGACCUGGCAUGGGUGGACCUGGAAUGGGCGGACCUGGCAUGGGACCUGGCAUGGGUGGACCUGGACAAACUAACAUGCAGCCUCCGCAGCCCCGAGCACAGCCGACAAACACUGUCAUGGGCCCAGUGACGCAGGUCAAGGUGCCAGUGGAAAGCUUCAUGGACCAUGCCAGAGCUACCAUGACGCUUCACAACGCUCAGAUGCAUGCAACCCGCGAGCAGGGCCAGCCCCAAUACAUUGCAGGCAUUGGUUCAGAGGUGGAUGCGCAGGCGCAGGUAAUGAUGAACCGCCAGGAGCAAGUCGUGCCCGGGCAGGUGAGGCAGCAGAUUGUGGAGAUUCCCACUGUGCAAGAAAUCAUCGAGGAGCAGGAAGUUCCAGAGGUGCAGAUUGUCAACAAAGUGGUGGAGGUCCCACAAGUGGUGCAACAACAAGUGGAGCAGAUUGUGGAGCAGGUCGUCGAGGUGCCUCAGAUCAUGCCGCAGAAGCGGGUGCAGCAUCGAUCCGUGGAGCAAUUUGUGGAUAUUCCAGUGCCACAGAUCGUCGAGGAGGUGGUGCACAUCCCGGUGGCGCAGACCCACGCUCGCCAGCACCACAGGCACGUGGAGCAGGAAAUCCAAGUGCCCGUCCCGAUGACUCAAGAGGAGGUGGUGCACGUUCCGAAGGUGAUGACCCAGACCCGAGUACAGCAGCAACACGUUGAGCAAGUGGUGGAAAUUCCGGUGCCGAUGCAACAGGAGGAGAUCGUGCACGUGCCCAAAGUUAUCACGCAGCAGCGCGUUCAGCAGCGCCACGUUGAGAAAAUUGUGGAGGUCCCGGUGCCAAUGGUACAGGAGGAGGUCAUUCAUGUUCCCAAGGUGAUUACGCAGACCCGGGUGAUGCAGCAGCAAGUGGAGCAAGUGGUGGAAGUGCCAGUGCCAAUGACACAAGAGGAGGUCGUACACGUGCCAAAGGUGAUCACGCAGACACGGGUGCAGCAGCAGCAUGUGGAGCAGGAAGUUCAGGUGCCUGUGCCCAUGACCCAGGAGGAGGUCGUGCAUAUUCCCAAGGUGAUGACGCACACGCGUGUGCAGCACCAGCAUGUGGAGCAGGAAGUUCAGGUGCCUGUGCCCAUGACCCAGGAGGAGGUUGUGCACAUUCCCAAGGUGAUGACGCACACGCGUGUGCAGCACCAGCAUGUUGAACAGGAAGUGCAUGUGCCUGUUCCGAUGACCCAGGAGGAGGUUGUGCAUGUGCCAAAGGUGAUCACCCACCAGCGAGUGCAGCAGCAGCAUGUGGAGCAGGUUGUAGAGGUGCCCGUGCCAAUGACUCAGGAGGAAGUGGUGCACGUGCCCAAGGUUGUGCAGCACGAGCGCGUGAUGCACCAGCAGGUGGAGCAGGUUGUCGAGGUGCACGUGCCCAUGACACAGGAAGAGGUCGUGCACGUGCCGAAGGUCAUGCAGCAUGAGCGCCAGCACCACUUCCAUGUGGAGGAGAUUGUGGACGUGCCAGUCGAGCAGCAUAUUGAGCAGGUAGUCCAUGUGCCUGUUGUGAACAAGGUUGAGCGCGUGGUGCACAAUCCUGUGGACCUAAUGGUGGAAGUUCCCCGUCCAGUUGUCGUCGAGAAAACAAUUGAGGUGCCCAAGAUUCAGAUCGAAGAAAAGACCAUCAGGGUGCCAAAGGUGAUGCAUACCACGGUGGACACAGUCGUGCAGAAUCAGGUUGAGACCAUUGAGGUGAUUAAGCCCACGGUGGUUCACAAGGUGGUGCAGCGCAAAAAGCCGGUCAUUCAGGAGCAGGUGCAGCAUGUGCCGAAGGUCAUGGUGCAGCAUGUGCCCGUCCAAAAGGUCGUGCAGAGGGAGGUUCACGUUCCGCAAGUUCAGUACAUCGACGAAGUGGUGGACGUGCCAGUGGUGCAGCACAGGCAAGUGCCAGUGCCAAUGAAGCAGCAGAAGUCGAUCGAGGUGCCUCAGGUUGAGUAUGUUGACCACCACAUCGAUAUCCCUGUGCAGAAGCAUGUGCAUGUGCCAAUGGUGCAGACGGUUCAGAAGACCGUUGAGGUGCCUCAGGUCCAAUACGAAGACCAGGUGGUGCACGUGCCCAUCCAGAAGCAUGUCCAGGUGCCUGUGGUUCAGAAGGUGCAGAAGACGGUGGAGGUGCCUCAGAUUCAGUACGAGGAUGUUGUUGUCGACAUUCCGGUGGAGAAGGUUGUCCACGUUCCAGUGGUGCAGAAGGUGCAGAAGACGGUUGAGGUGCCUCAAGUCCAAUACGAAGACCAGAUUGUCCAUGUGCCAGUUCAGAAGCAAGUGCACGUCCCCAUGGUGCAGAAGGUGCAGAAGACGGUUGAGGUGCCUCAAGUCCAGUAUGAGGAUCAGGUUGUCCACGUGCCGGUUCAGAAGCACGUGCAUGUCCCCAUGGUUCAGACCGUGCAGAAGCACGUCGAAGUGCCUCAAGUCCAGUAUGAGGAUCAGGUCGUCCACGUGCCGGUUCAGAAGCACGUGCAUGUCCCCAUGGUUCAGACCGUGCAGAAGCACGUUGAAGUGCCUCAUGUCCAGUACGAGGACCAGGUCGUCCACAUUCCAGUGCAGAAGCAUGUGCAUGUGCCACAUGUUCAGACCGUUCAGAAGACCGUUGAGGUGCCCCAGGUCCAAUAUGAGGACCAGGUCGUCCACGUGCCCGUCCAGAAGCACGUGCAUGUUCCUAUGGUUCAAACCGUGCAGAAGUCGGUCGAAGUGCCUCAGGUGGAGUUUGUGGACAAGGUUGUUCCGAUUCCCGUGCAAAAGCCAGUGCACGUUCCCAUGGUUCAGACAGUUCAGAAGACCGUCGAGGUUCCCCAGAUUGAGUACAUCGACAACCAUGUGCACAUCCCUGUGCAGAAGCAUCGCCACGUGCCGGUCCACAUCCCCAUUGAGAAGCCAGUGGAGGUGACCGUGAUCGAGACCACCGAGAAGAUUGUGGACGUGCCAGUGGUUAAGCAGGUUGAAGUGCCGCAGGUUCAGACAAUCGAGAAGAUUGUUGAAAUUCCAAUGGUUCAGACGGUGGAGAAAGUUGUGGAGGUGCCUCAGAUGGGGCAAACGAGCCAGGGCAGCACUCGGCAAGUGGACAUCCCGCUGCAGCCGAAACGCGAGGAGCACCCUGCGCAGCACGUGCAGCAGGUUAUGGCCGGCCCCGACCACCCUGUCCAUAUGAUGCAAUCAGACGGCCAGGUGGUUCCGAUGCAGGGUCAACAAAUGAUGAUGCAGCAACAGAUGCCAAUGACUUAUCAGGGCCCUGGUGGGUCUGUCUCCGCUGGCCAGCCGGGCACCAGCGCGGUAUCGAUGCCACCUACAAUGGUCCCCCAGGAGCCAAUGAUGAACACAGCGUGAAGGAAGACAUCGCUUCUCAAGUGAGAAGCACAGGAUUUUUCCCCAUUCUUUUUGAGACUUCUCUGAGAGUACGACGUCACUGGCCAGCUUUGUUUAUCGUCAAUCAUGUUUCGUGAAGAUGUGCUCCCAGCAAGUCACCGAGAGCCUGCAGCUCAAUUUAUUUCUAAGCUUCAUAGUGUGCUCGUGCCGAGAAGGCAGGAGGGCUCAGUUGGCUGCACCGCAUGGCCUGAGACCCGUGCGUGGAACCAGCAGCUCCUCCAUCCUUCAUGUAUUUCACACACCCUGCCUGCGACGGGCUUUUUGCCGGCAAGGUCCACGUGACUUUGCCAUUGUUUGAGAUAACAGAGCUGGACACCCCAAAUUGCCAAGUGCCCAAGUGCCCCAUGCCCGAUCUGUAUCUUGGGGUGCCAGCCCCUGCUGCUGAUGUGGUUGAUGUCUGCGGCCGUUGCUUUAGAUGGAAAGACCACAAGACAGGGCUUGACCUGGGGCGGUCGGAACUCUGUG